CCUCUUUCUCACAUUUGUCAAAAACUGUUGCAUGUUUUUGAACCCUUUUUUCUCUCUUUUCUAAACAUUUUCUUUUUCACUUUCUUCCAAUUUCCAAAAAACAAAAAAGAAAAAGGAAAAAAAACAAAAUCAAAAACCAAAAACCCCAAAAAAAAAAAAAUAAAUAACAAAAACAAACUGAAAUGUCCAUCCAGUUGGGUUUAUGGCAUUUCUAAUGAAAAAAAUUACCUUGUCCUCUCUGAAUCUUAGGUUGCAGCAGCAAGUUUGCAAUUAGAGGCUGCCCAAAGAGUAAUACUAGCUAGCUAGAUCAAUAUCCUUGUUCCUAGACUGAAUCUGUAUAUACAUAUUUAUCAUAGAAAUGUCAAACAAUAAGAUGAAGGGGCUUUUAAAAGGACUAAGAUACAUCUCCCAAAUAUUUGAUAAUGAGAAAGAACAAGAAAUGCAGAUUGGUUUUCCCACAGAUGUAAAGCAUGUAGCUCAUAUAGGAUGGGAUGGUCCUUCUGUAAAUUCUCCGAGCUGGAUGAACGAAUUUAAAUCUCCACAGGGAUUUUCAUCGGCACCGUUGGGUCUCACCGGAGAUAUGAAAGACGAUGCAAACAGCGGUCAAAAGAUCUCCGAAGACCCUAAUCGGAGAAGUGCACGGAACAAUUCGGGGUCAAGAGACUUGCCGGAAUUGCCGAAAUCGUCGAGACGCCAUUCGGCAGGUGGUUCGGUGGAUUCCCCAACGAAGGAAAAAACUGAGAGAACAAGGCAAAGAAGGUCUUCUAAAAAUUCAAACAGAGACUCCACUGAUAGUCCAAAAGCACCAAAACCCACCAGGCUUUCUUUGGAUUCAAGCUUAGGGAGCGAAUCUCCGUCGCGACACAGCGGGCCGGAUAUCCCCAAGAAAACCCGUCGGAAGAAAUCCAAAGACACUACCGGUGGAGGUGGAUCCUCAUCAAGAUCAAGAUCAACAAAACCCCCAAUUUCCGAUAAUCAACAACAAUAUCAAUCAGCCUACUCAGAUCCCGGGCCAAAUCCCGAAUCCGAAUUCGGCUCUAAAUCCCAUGGCAAUGAAUUAUAUCGACAACGACAAUCAUUUGAAGGGGAGGAGAAGGGACUUACAUGAAAAGGUCAUGACAACCUUUGGAUAUAUGUUAAAUUAUUUGUUAGCUAGAAAUCUUCUUUAGUUUGAAAACCAUAUUUUUUUUAUUAUUUUUUAAUGGACCCUUGUAUGAUCCAUCCAUGGUAUAUGCAUUAUUUUCAAACCAUUUGUUGAACUUACCAUUGCUUUAACCUGGCUUUCUCCCUAUGUCUAAUUGGAAGGAAGGAGAAUUUAGUAAGAAGCUGGAUUUAAAUGGUUUUUUUUUUUUUUUUUUAUGCAUAUCUAUUCAAAUUUAUCUCUUAGUUCAACCUUUAUUUCCUCCCCAGUUUUUGCCUUCAUUUCUAGUUUGGUUUCAAUAUGCAUUUUAAAAAAUUUUCAAUUAAUAGGCCCUUGAUUCUGAUUUUGAUUUUAGUGUAGGUCACAAGAUUAUGGACAAUACCAAGACAAGCAAAAUGAUCCAUGACCAAUUAUGAAAUGUAAAGAAAAUGGAGAGAGUUCAAAAUUAUAUUCAUUCAUUUUUUUCCCCCCUUUAUGUAUUUAUAUUAUUUUCUAAAUUUACACAUCCACAAACAUGUAUUGAACUAACCAACUCAAAUUAUUAACUUUUGCAUAUAGUGAAAUUUUUCAGUAUAAGUUUAAUAAUCAAUAUUCAUUUCUUUUAAUUUCGUUUCUUAAUUUUUUAAAUUAGUUAUAUUUUUUUGGAUCUCUAUUUGAACUCAUGUGACCUCUUUUCUAACCAAAAUUAAAUCGAAGGUUUCGAUUAAAAAAAAUUAACAAUAUAGUGGGAAAUUAAAAGAUCCAAAAGGUAUGGUUAUCAUCCUUAUUCUGUUAUAAGGUAAGAAAAAAAGAGGCAAUUUUCGUUCAAAAAAUUUAUCUUGUAGCUCCAAUUGGAAAGGACAGAAAGUAGGCAAGUCCAACCCUUUGAUGGUUAACUUUUGAUGCAAGUUUGCCCAUGUCCCUAAUAUCGAACUCCAAUGCACUUUUUUAUAUAUAGCCCAACCUAGUCUAAACCCUAUCCUAGUACAAAGGCUGAUGCUUUUGUCCUUGUCCUUCAGCCCUUAAAAUCACACAAAACGACAAAGGAUAUUUGUGAUUGGAAGCGGCAAGCUUUUCUUAGCAACUAAUCCCUAGUCUCAAAAAUAACUAAAAACAAUAUGGAAUUUCGUGGGGGGAAGGGGGGAAUAAUAAAAAUAAGAAUAGGUUAAAAAGAAAAAGUAUCGGAAAAUGUAACUAAUGCACUAAAGUAAACCCAAGUGGAAAAAGCAAUCCUAUUCUAAUACUUUGUAUGAUCUUUUUCAUCAAAAAUAGACUAAUUACAUAUUUUCCCUGGAACAACACCAGAGGCACAGAGCAUUCAAAGUAAACAACCCAUUUCUAAGUCUGUAUAACCUGUUCAUUUCUUUUGUUUUUCUGUUUGAUUAGAGCUAUAAUAGCUUCCUUUUUUUUUUUUUUUUUUUUUU